GCUCUAUAUAUCACGUAAUUAUUUACGUCCGCUCGUUCGAAGAAGAUUACUCUCGACUUGAUUCAAUGUUCCAUCACGAAACCAGCAGUUGUACGAAUAUAUAUCGAAUCCAAGCGAAUCUCUGAGAGCAAAAUCAAGAAUACACAGAGUUCGAUAACGCGCUCCAAGGAAAUAGAGAAGGAGAACGAGACAGAACGAUAAUCGUGUAAUAGAAAACUUGACAGUCCAGGAUCGUAGGCGCGAGAAGAGGUCGUUGCUCGUGACGAAGGGACGUCAUCGAGGAAGAUGGCCAAAGAAGCAUUGACAGUCACCAUCUAUGUCCUCUGUCUUUUGGCACUCUUCGGUCCCUAUUGUCAGAUGGCUCCAGCUGUGGCUGGAGCCUCUAGAGGUUGGAACCUUGGCCAUGGAUUCAGGUACGAAUUAAAUAUGACCCUUCUCUUCCGAGAAGCUGGACCACCGAGACCUGGAGGCGAUGUUGGAUUUCAAGUGACUGAUCAUCUUGAGGUGAUUCCAGUCUGGAAGGAUCCUAAGGAUUCAGGUGUCAUCAUAUUGAGAAUAAAGCUCACGUCACCACAACUAUGGAUAAAAUCACGAAAAAAUCCAAAACCAGAAGGAUUUAUUCAGCAUUCGUCAACAAUACCGGAAAGUGCCUCGAAACCAAUUCUUGUUGUGUGGAAAAAUGGAAAAGUCCAAAGCAUCUUCACUGAUCCAAAUGAAAGUGUUUCAUCCAUGAAUCUAAAACGCGGCUUGUCGAGCCUUUUUCAGUACACAACUUUCGAUGGUGAAUUCGAGGAAAUCGAUACCUCGGGUAUUUGUAAAGUAGUCUACACUUCCCUGAGUCCAAAUUCCAUCGAGAAGAAGAAAGUUUCCUGCAGAGAAAGUAAUUUUCCUCACAAAACUGUUCAUCCAAAUCCAAUUUUCGGUGUUGAGGUGAAAAGCUCAAGAAAAUGUAUUUACGAAUUAUCAGCAAAUUUGCUUCCAAAGGUGAUAAAAGAGCAGGAGAUGCAUUCCAUGACAUUAAUUAGCAAACCUGAAACUGGAUCAGCCGUCACGUCUGAACGGACGCUGAGUCAAAUUGACGAAAUCACUGGUAAAAUUGUCGAAGCUGACAGUGUUGAAAAUGCUGUUAUUCUUCUUGAACCGGGAUUCAGAGAUAUGCCUCUUAGUCUUCAAAUCGAAUCGACGAGUUGUCCUGAAAAUGGUUGUCAAACAUUGGAGCAAGCAGUUCAGGAAAAUCGAGAAGCUUUAGACUCAACAAAUCUAGGAACAGUAAAAUCAGCAUCAGCAUUUUUGAAAUUAACAUCAUUAGUCAGAGAUGCUUCUGCCGAGGAACUUGUAAAAUUGCUGAAAAGUCCGAAAUAUCGUCAAUUGAGACCUCAAUUGUUUGACAUUUUAGGUUCGGUGUCAACCCCAGGAGCACACAAAGCAGCGAUGAAAAUUCUUCAGCACGACGAGAAUGGUGACGAGACUGAAAGAUACCUUUGGUCUCUGUCCCUCUCUCCCAAUCCACAUCCCGACGUUAUCAAGGACGUCUUGCGGAAAUCCGAGGAGACAAUUCAAAAUAAUAGGGUUUCGGAAACAUUGGCCUUGACAGCUGCCGCAAUGGCGAAGCAGCAUGGAUCGGCCUCGGUGAUUGAAAAGGUCCGAGUCAGUCUGGAGUUAGGUUUGGACAGUUGUUCAGGUGAAGAGUGCCAAUUGAAAUUCCUGCGAAGUUUGCGAAAUCUCGAAAGUAAAUUGGCCAUUCCAGCUCUGUUGAAUUUCGCACAAAAUGGAACUAGAUUGACUAGUGCAGUCGCUUGGCAAGCAUUAGGUUCCUUGCCGAAAGGCGAUUUAACCGAGCAAGUCAGAGCAGCUGCUAUGAAGGCAUUUUAUCAACUGGACGGACCGAAAAGAGACAGUAGUGUGAGAACUCUAGCUCUGAAUUUGAUCCUCGAAAGUGAACCCUCGAUUGAUGAACUUGAAGGCCUAGUGAAGUAUCUCACAAGUCGGGAUCCAGUUUACGAGGUCCGGAAAUAUCUGAGCCAACGACUGGAACAGCUGGCUGAGGAGGAUGUUCAAUUUUCAAAGAAUCUGAAGGAAGCCAUGCGAAGGGAGUCCGUCAAGUAUUACAACUACGACACUCUUGCGCAAAAAGGACUAAGUACAGCGUUUAGCAGAAGUUUCCUCAAAUCUCCCGGAAGCAAUGGAUCACUGUUAACAAUUCAGGAAAUCAGUUCUGGACUGUUAAAGCGAGGAAUCGUGGAUGUAGUCAUGGAGAGUGACUCACACGCGAGUACAAUCUUCUCACUGGGAAUCUAUGCCGGUGGGCUCGGUGGCUUUAUCUCAUCGGACGCAAAUGAAGACGAAGAACCUACUGACGAUGAAGUCGCAACCGCUGGAAUGGACAUUUCGAUCCUGGGAGUCACGAUCAGACCCUUUGUUUUCUUUUCCGGCCAAGGAGAAUUAAUGGGCCAUGUCUGGUCGGGCACAGCUUCUGAAAGAACGCCAGCAUUCCAAGCGCUCGUGAAUCUUCAUCGACACUUUGAGUAUAUUCCCCUUUCAUCCGGAUUCAUUGCAGAAAUCAAUGUCGACGGUGCAAUGAGUUUUGAUCUUUCCGGACAAAUACAAUUGAGCCUUUGGAACAGAAAUGCGCAAAGUCUGGUGGAAAUGGGUGCAGGACUUUCACUUCAGGGCGGUACUAAAGUUCGAUCAAAUUUCGUUCAAAGUACGGCGGAAUUUCUCUUGACUCUCGAACCGAAACUUGAAUUGGCGACUGACGUGGACUUUUCUGGUCCAGUUUCAUUGUGCAUGCGACUGUCCCAACUGGAAACAACAGUGAGGCACAACGUUUACAAAAUCGAGAGAAUACCCGGGAGCAGGCACAGGUUGAGAAAAACGAAGAGAUUAAGAGUUUUCUCACCAGCGAAAUCCUACCUCUUGAAUAGAAAAAACAACGAAAUGUGCUCAAAAGUGUUUAGUUAGCGAAAUAGCGAAUGUUAAUGACCUGUUACCGAGAGAACAAUAUAUUUUAUCAGAGACAAUUUUAAUCUUAGAUUGUUUAUAUCGUUGUAAAUCGUUGAGAGAAUUUCGAUAAUUUGCAUUUACCCGAACUCAGGACUUUGCUCACAAAUUGAAAUGAUUUUUUGUACAACUAUACUGUUGAUAAGACCCAUAUGUAGGUAUUUAAUGACAAACAACUCUUCAAAUCCAUUGUGAAGAUUAGUUAUGGUUUGACAAAUGAAUCUGUAGCAUAUGUUUCGAGAAAAGAAUCUCUUCAAGACUAUAUAUAUAUAUAUAUAUAGCUAUACCUAUUAUAAAACCAAAGGUUGUCUUUUGAAAUAAACAAUUUGUUAGCUAAAAAAAGGUUGCAAAGCAGUCUGUGAUAUUAAAAGAAAAUUCUCUCAUUCUCACUCAUUUUUCCCCUUCUCUUAAUGAAGACAAAUAAUUUAAUUAAUUUCGAUCUCAGAAUUAAAAUGAACCAUUUCUUGCAUUUAGCAUUAUUUAUAAAUACAAGCACGAAAAUUAAGGAAAUUGUAUACGUUCUGAAUUUGGUAUAAUGGAAGUAAAUAAAUGCGAUUCUUGCAAAUUAGGAAAAAGAAGAUAAAAUUUUAUUUCAUACUUUUUUAUUGUUGAAAAGUAAAAGAUGGGCAAGUGUAAUUUAGUUCCUAACAAUAAAUUUGUACAAAACGCUAGUUAUUCUUAAUAAACAGCAAUUUGAAUUUU